AUGAGUGAAGAAGAAAGACAUAAAAUAUUUACUGAAUAUUGGGGAUUAGGAGAUGUCAACCGCCAACGUGAUUUUAUAUCCAAAUAUGUUACAGUAGUUUCUAAAGCUAGAACUAGAAUUCGUAAAAAGAAUAAGCAUCAUCCCGCUGAAUUACCAGAAAAGAAUGACAAUACAUUCUUAGAACUGUCUAAUGAUAAAACAGUAGAAGAAACACCCAAAAAGGAUCUCUGCGAUAUUUGCCACAACUACGAUAAUAGUUCUCUUGAAGAAAAAUUAGAGUUGGAAGAAGAUUAUCGCAUCCAUAUCCUAAAUAAAAAUAGGGCAAGAGAAAUCAAACAGUUUGAGAAACAAAGAGCAGCUGAGAAUAGCAGUGAGGUUUGUUGCGCUGUCUUUGACUUGCAACAAGUGUUGCCAGUUCCCAAAUCUAAUGUUGGCCUGUCCUAUUACAAAUUAAAAUUAUCAACUUACAACUUUACUGUGUACAACCUAGCAACAAAAGAGUGCAAUUGUUACAUGUGGAAUGAGGUAGUCGGAAACAGAGGUGCCUCUGAGAUUGGAAGUUGUUUACUUUUGUACAUUAUCAGCCAAGUAGAACAAGGAAUAAGAGAAUUUAGCUUCUUUUCUGACAACUGUAGCGGUCAAAACCGCAACAGAUUUUUGUACUCUUUGUACAGCUAUUUAUCGCAAAAAUAUCAAAUAAAAAUAAAACAUACCUACUUAGAAAAAGGCCACACUCAAAGUGAAGGCGAUUGCGUACAUAGCGUAAUAGAAAGAGCUGCUCGAAAUAUACCUAUAUACACACCAGAUCAGUGGUAUACGGUUGUAAGGACAGCUAAAAGAAAGGAUCCUUACAAAGUAGUUGAGCUUGCACAGGAAAAUAUAUAUGAUUUAAAAGAUCUUGAAAAAAAGACGUGUAUUAACUGGGAAAGAGAUGAAGAAAACGAAAGAGUGUUUUUAAAUAAAAUAAAAAUAGUUGAAGCUGAUCCACGUUUCCCUAACACUUUACUUUUUAAAGUUAAUUACGACUCUACCUACAAGAAAUUAAAGCUCACAGAAAAAGGAAGAAAAAAAAUAGAUGUCGAGAUAGCCUCACUAAAACUAAAACCAUGCUACGAAAAGGAAAUUUCUUUGAAAAAACUGAAGAUCAUCUUCAGUUUCUUUGCCGUAAAGGAGCAAUUUUAG